AUGGCGGCAAUAUAUGAAGCACCGGAGAAGAAAUGCCCACUCGUCACCAACCUCCCUCUGACGCCCGGACGUCUCCGGGAUAAAUGGGCGGAAGGCUGGAUUGUGCCAAGGAAUAACAAAGGGAGUAUCAAUGAUCCAAACAACUUUAGAGCGCCGGCGAGCCUGAGUCUGCAAACAAAAAGCCUGGUUUACCCAUUUGCAGGACGAACAAAUGCUGUACAGGACGUGAAACAAGUGGCCGUCAUUAAUAGGAUGUCCGGAGUGACCCCCCUACCUGCAAUACCAGGUGACGACGAGUUCCGUGCAAGCAACAGGAGUACACCAUACAUUGCUGUAUCUGGUGCCAGAACAAAUACACGCAUCAGUACAGCACGGAUAGGAACAACGACCUACCUGUUCAACAGAAGUAACUGAUACCUACGCCUGUCUCUUCAUUUGCAAUAAAAUACCUGGGACCAGAUACCAAGAUCGUCUGUCAACGAAGCAAUCAAGCCGUAACAACAGUGCUAGGAUAUGGAUAGGAACCGUUGCUGGGGCAGGGACUACUUCCUCAGGGACAGCAAAAUGCUUUCUUCCUCCUUCAAGUGCCACUAUGAUACGGCAAAUGCACCAGCUUACAGCGAGCACUCUCUUCAAGCUACUUAAAGAAGCCUACAGGCUGUACAAUGUCAGUGAGUG